CAUUUCUAACAAAACUCUACUGACAUGCCGUCGAGUGGCAUUUUCUGCUACCUGCACUUACUGUUUGUGAUGUACAAUGGAGGCAUUGUUAAGAAUCACACUCAUCUGUGUUUGUGUGCAAGCUAAAGAUUAUCAUAAAUAUGGACUGAUUGGGGCGUGUGGUGAUGCAGAUCAGGAAGAUUUUAUUGUCCAGUUUGAUGAUGAACAGUUGGCACACGUGGACUUCAAAGAGCAGAAAGAUGUUAUUACAUUACCUGAAUUUGCUGGUCAGGCUGUGCUUCCGCCAAUAUAUGUGGAUGCUAAAAGGGCAGAAUUCAAUUGCAAAGCCUACCUGGCUGUGCUUAGAGAGGUGUAUGCCAGUUCACCUGAAGUACUUGAACCUCCCUGGAGCUCAAUUUAUCCUAAAAGUGAUCCACAAUUAAAUCUCAAGAACACUCUGAUCUGUCAUGUGACUGGAUUCUUCCCUCCGCCGGUCAGAGUCUUGUGGACCAAGAACAAUGUGAAUGUGACAGACGGAUCAACCAUCAGCAGAUAUUACCCUAACAAAGAUGGCACAAUGAAUGUCUUUUCUCGACUGAGCUUCAUUCCUGAGGAAGGCGACAUUUAUAGCUGUUCAGUGGAGCACAAAGCUCUUCAGCAACCUCAGACCAGAACAUGGGAUGUGGAGGUAAAGCAGCCCAGCAUUGGUCCAUCAGUGUUCUGUGGAGUUGGUCUUGCUCUCGGGCUACUGGGUUUUGCUACUGGGGUCUUUUUCACUGCAAAGGGAAACAACUGUAACUAAUAAUUAUCCUGAAGCAGACAAAGUGGUGCACACAUAAAUUGUACAUACUGUAUAAACUCAUGUGAUGAACAGAAAACAAUUCUUUAUUCAUUGUAAAGUGCAAGGGCAAAAGAGUUUAGAGGUUUCUCUGAGCAAUCUACUGGAAUCAUUGGUCUAGUACCUUAGAAGUGACUAAUAUUAAAAUUCUAGAAGUCUCACGUGACGGCAUAGGGAAGUUUGUGACAAAUGCAGAACAUAUUCUGCUGAAUGCAUACUGUAAAUAUAAAUGUUGUAAAAUGACACAUAUUUUUCAAUCAGACAGUAAAUAGAUAUUAUUUUAAUAUGCAAAUAUUGCUUUAGUUUGAUAUUUGAUGUAUUGUCAGGUGUUUCAGAGAGACAUCUUGUUUACCAGAAUAUACUUAAUGCUGUAAUUUAAAAAAAUAUAUAUUCAAAGAAUGAGCAAGAACCUAACCAGUCAGUCUUCAAAUCUAUCUUGUUUCCUUAGCCUGAUUCACAGUAUAAGCAUGCGAUAAUGCUUUCCAAUUUGAGCGGCAGAUUUCCAUCUUUGUUGUCUCAUUGUACAGAAGGACUUAUAUAGACAGAUAAAGGCUACUGUGACCCUAUGUAAGGGUCAUUAACAGCCUUUUCUCACAGCAGCUGGAAUAAAUAAACUUAUCAAUAUGAAUAUUGGAUGGUAUGACAAUUAGAAAUGAUAGACUGUGUAGAUAAGUUGCAAUUCUACACGUAACGUUAAACACACUAUGACAUGCUGAUGUUGUUAACAGUAACCAGAAGCAUUGUAUAGAAGAGAAGUAUAGCUAAUAACAUAAAAAUACCAAUACCAAUUUGCAUGGUUUAAUGUACUAAGCAAUUAAUCAGAUAUUAACACAUAACAGAGCGAUGUGAAAUGACAUAUCUGCCAAAAAUGUUGUUUGUUUAGAUUACUUUUUGCGAAGAAAAUCCUUUUGGGUUAAAAAGUAUUACCAAGAAAAUGUAUUUGUUCUUUUAAUGUGUACAGUAUCCACACAGCUACACAUACUCCUUGAAACAUCAGACUUAUUAGCAUUGAAGAGCUUCACCGUAAAGACCUUGUCAAGAUGAUCUUUCUGCUUUUUACAGCAGGUUUCUAAAAGUAAUGGAGACCAAAAUACUUGUAGACUGCCGUUUUAAAGAAUUGAAAUUCACAUUUUUGGCACAUACAUACAGUCCUUUUUGGGGGGUGAGAGGGUAUCCUGUACACCUGUAUUUGGAAAAACCCAAAUAACCAAACAAAUGAUCAGUUCAUUUACCUCCAAGUCUAUUUGCCAGCAAUAACCACAGAACUUUCGCUUCAGUGUUGUUCAGCUACGCAGCUGUGAAAAGUCUCACAGUGUGUUACUUGAUCACAUGUUGUUUUGUGGGUCAGUCAUACUCAUGAACUGGAUUUUCCAGUUUGAUGAAUUGAGAUGCCAAUUUAGACUGGGAUUAGUUUACUGCAACUGCACUGGGUCUCAUUCCAUCUAAGAAAACAACACUGAAUUACAGUGUAUGAUCUUUCAAUAUCCCUAACAUACAGUAUAAACUUUUAAGUUAAUACUUGAAGUUAAAUAAACAAGACUUGUGCUGGGAUGAUUUCCUGCACAUGAGUCAGUUUGUUUUGAGUUAAACUACAUUGCUUUCACAAGCAGUGACUCGGUUUUACAUAGACAAUAUUAUCUUUACUCUGGGAUUACCCCUCUUAAUUAAUACACUGACUUAUCAUUUAAAUAGUAACUCAAAACUCUUACAAGGUCACAGACAGUAGACUUUAAUUGGGCAUAUAGCCCACUCCAGUAAAUGGAGACACAAAAUUUCUGUUCAACGUUACUGAGAAUAAAGUUGUUGCUGCAAGCACUAAAUAUGGUGAAUUAUUAAAAUCAAAAUCCUUAAUAGUUACAUGAGCAGGUGAAGAAAUUAAAUCUCAAAUUACGAGCAAAUUUUUCCCCCAGACUUAUGUGACCAGUUCUGUAAAACUUUAUAACCUGUCUCUUUGUUUCACUGUACGUUUCUUGUCUUUUUUUUUACUUUAAUAUUGCAUUGUGGAUAUUAAAUGGAAUAAAAUAAAUAGCGAUGCCAUCCACACAAUA